AUGUGUCCCGCCUCCGCUCUCCUCCUAUUCCUCAUCCGAUAUAUCGUUAUUGCUCGCAAUUGCUCGCUACAGUGGCCCUGUGGUAUUGGUGAUCGUGUUGAGGUGCUGAAGAGUCGUCAGUUUCGCCUUGGAGCGACUUUUCCACCGCCCAUGCUGGUCGCUCUUUGGGCAGCCACUUCCGCUCUCGUCUAUGCUAACCAGGUGCCUAUCCCCUAACUUCCAGUUAUCCCAAAAACAUUUGCUAAGAGAUGAAAAAUUAUUUUCAACUGAGAAAUCAACCUUGAAAAAAAAAAGCAUAAUUAUAAUUAAAACUAUGAAUUUUUUCUAUGGGGAAUGGUAAAACUCCAAUUUCGCCUUGAAAUUGUUUUAGAGAAUGUUUGAGGACUCUAACGAAUUCUAGAAUAUGAUGCGAAGUUAUUUUCUCAUUCAGAAUAAACGGAUUACCAAACUAUUUGAAAGAACCCAGCCUCACUGCCCCUGUUUCGAUAAAUUUUGCUUCACCUUAACAUUUCUUGAGUAUGCUUUAAUUUUCCAGGAGUUUUCAUACCAGAACAGCAUUCCAGUGGAAGUAGGCACGCGAUUGGGCGUCGUUCGCGGCUCGGAAUUCAACCAUGGCUCGAAACGAGUGCGCGCCUUUCUUGGGUAUUUUUUCGAAUAUAUAUGGUAGUUUUGUACAAUUCACUUUCAAGCGUACCUUUUGCCGAGCCGCCAAUCAAAGAAAACCGUUUUAAAAAACCGAAGCCAAAGAAACCUUGGAAUGGAACAAUCAACGCCAACACCAUGUCUCCGGCGUGUUUUCAGGUUUGCCAUUGUGUCAUCAUCUGCUGACGGAAGGAUGACAUUUAGGGAAGAGACUCCUACGAUCCGAACUUCUGGGGAUCAGAGAUGUGGAAUGCCAACACGCCUGUCAGCGAAGAUUGUCUCUACCUCAACAUUUGGGCGCCAGCUGAUGCACAGUCCGUGUUUUUUUGGACACUUGACUGAGUUUUCAGAGAAAAAUCAUCUAAUUUGGAUUAUUUUAUUUGAAAGGAAAUUCUGAGAGUAAUUGAAAAGUUGAAAAAAAAACAACACUAAAUACAUUCAAUAAGUUAUUGGCGACAUCAAUAGCUUCAAUCUCUUUUAUUAAUUCAAGUUUUUUUUUCCACUAAACUUGUGAAUGAAGAAGCUUUUCAGAAACCUGACAGUGAUGGUUUGGCUGUUCGGCGGCGGUUUCUAUUCUGGAUCGCCUUCCUUGAUUCUGUAUGACGGCAAGGUACAAAUAUCAUUGACUUUGCGAGGACUGGAAAAAGUAACCAGGAGCUGGCGACCAGAGGAAAUGUUAUUGUGGUGAAUGUCAACUACCGACUGGGACCUUUUGGUUACUUGUACUUCGGAAACAACGACGUACCUGGAAACAUGGGGAUGCUCGAUCAGGUUGUUCCAAAACGAAUGUUUAGAGGUUAUUUUGGACUGAGUUCAGCAAUUGGCGCUCUACUGGAUAAGAGAUCACAUAUUUUCCUUUGGUGGCAAUCCUUCGAAAGUCUCUUUGUUCGGCGAGUCUGCUGGCGCGGCUUCCAUCGUCGCUCAUCUCAUCGCGCCUGCGUCUCGCGGGUUUCUUUUAAUAAAUGUUUCAUUUUCUUGGGAUUGCAAGAGGAUUUUUGGAGAGCGAACGAAAAGGGUUCAGACUGUUCAAAACGGGGAUUCUGCAGUCGGGCUCUCUGGACAACAAAUGGUCGAUGGACACGCCGCGGCACGCUAAGCAAAAGUCUCUGGAGCUGGCUCGUCUCGUCGAGUGCAAUCGCACAAAUGUACGUCGUACUUUGCCAUUCUCUUCAUUAUCUCCCACAAUAGGCUCGCUGUCAAAUUAUUCGAAAAGGGCUAGAGAUUUUUUCGGAUAUAGAUCCAGGCGGACAACGAAGGCUAUUCAACGUUGGAUUUGAAAUGUAGCUACAGUUUUGGAACAAAAAAGAACAUCUAAGAACGAGUUUAGAGAUGAGUUCUGGACACACGCUGAUUCAGGAAUAAAACUUGAAAAGUUGUCCAUAAAGAUCACAAUUAUACGGCAGAACUUAUGAAGAAUUCAAGCAAAAUUAUUCUGAGUCGUUCCUUGAGAUAAAUUGUCAUACUUUGAAAUAGCACGAAUAACCUUAUGACUUCUUCAAAUUCAAUUUUUUCACUUUUCAAUCGAACGGGUUCAGAUGGAAGAAAUGAUCACCUGCUUACGAGAAACACCCGCGCAAAGACUCAUCGACAACAUCUGGAGCGUCGGAUUGACGUUUCUCGAGUUUCCGUUCGUUAUCGUUUCUCGGUAUGUCCUGUCUAUCAAAGCAAAAGUUGACGUUUUUCUCAGAGACGUCAACUUUUUCAAACAUCUCGAUGGGUUCAAAGCUUUACGUGAAGGAGAUUAUUCGACUGACGUCAAUUUGAUGUUUGGAAUCAAUCACGACGAAGGUUCAUUAUUUUCGCAAGAGUUUCAUUCCAAUAAUUUCCAGGGAACUAUUGGAACAUCUAUAAUUUACCGCAGUUUUUCGAUAAGAAACCAGUGAAACCGAAAAUAAAUAGGUAAAAGUAGCGAAUUUACGAGAAAUAGUAAUCUUCUUCAGAGACGAGUUCCACCAAUGUGUGGAGAGCGCUUUUGCUGUGCAGCCAGAACUGGUGAGAAGCGCUGCCAAGUACGUCUACUCAGAUCCCAACUGCGUAGAUCCACAAAAGAAAUUGGAGUUCUACGCAGAGCAAGUCAGCGGCUCCUGUUCCUAUUUGGACCUAGAACAAGAUUUGAAGGUGAACCAGAUGGUCGGCGACUACUUCUUCACCUGUGACAGCGUUUGGCUGGCACACGACUACCCGAAGAGGGGCAAAGCCAACGUCUACGUCUACUAUUUUGACCAGCCUUCGAGGUUUCUACCAACUUGAAAUCGAAAUCCGGGAUGUUCAGCGCCAACCCUUGGCCUCAAUGGACGGGUGUGAUGCACGGCUACGAGAUAGAGUUCGUCUUCGGAGUUCCCUUGUACAACGAAUCCGCCGGCUACACGAAACCCGAACGCGAAAUAUCAGAUAAAGUCAUUCAGUACUGGACGUCAUUCGCAAAGAAUGGGUCAGAAGUCGGACAAAGAAACAAAUGAGACGUUUUCUGAUUUUCAGAGUUCCCACUUUGAAAAACAACUCUAGCUCAAUACAAUGGAUGAAAUAUGACGGUCGGAACAGAACAAAGUGAGUUUAGAGGGAUAAUGUUUGGAUCAAAAUCGUUUCUCUCCAGAUGGCUGCGGAUAAAGACUGGCGGAAUGGAGUCGAUUGAUGAGUUGAAGAAAGUAGAGUGCGACUUAUGGCGAAACGCCAAGAACAUGGAGUACUCGAGCUACCGUGGGUCUCUUUGAGUCUCCCCAAAUCAAAAAGUAUAUUCAGUGGAAGAGCUUCGGACGAUGACGUCACCUCUGGUCACCGUCUCACUCUCUCUUCUUUGUCAAUUCAUAUUUUAUUUUGUUCUUUCACUUUGAAUCCGAGUCGUUCAUCCGAUGAAUGCUUGCCCACUUCCGAACAAUUCUUCAUUGCCAGUGCUCACGAACCCUUUCUUUCCUUUCUCCAACAGUUAUCAUUCUCUAGAUCGUAUCGAUUUAACUCAGGAAAACGUGAUCUCCAACUAACACUUAAAUUAUACUCGUAUUUUUUUCCUCAAUUGUAGGCUUUCAAUAACAUUCCAUUGAACUCCAUCGACAAAAAUGCUUAUUGGCUUCAACAUCCUCCGAUUCCAUAUACAUAUCAUACUAGUACUUUAACUAUUCUUGCCAAUAAAUAUUUUCACAUUUCGAUUUUCUCAAAAAGUUUGAGAAAAUGUCUUUUUCGUCUAGCGCAGAAGACGUUUUACUUACAAGCGAGUUUAAAACCUACUUUUUUUGUGUAAUAAACAUAAUUUUUUCGAUUUUCAAAAAAAACUUUAUUUUUCAGUUGAUUCUUUGGCGUGAGCACGAUUCGCGUAAAGAGGUGGGAAGUAAGCGACGGGAGCCAUUGUUCAGAAAAGCAGAGACUCGUGAAAAGUGUUGUUUCCCGUGGAGAAGAACGGACGGCACGUUAAAAUUCAAUUUUACGCUGCUUCUUUUGAGCUUCUCCGACUCGCUUUUUUGUUUCUCCUCCGAAUACCUCCGUCUUAAGCGAUGAGAAUUGACACUCGCUAUCGAGCUGCAUCUUUGUCAAACUUCUUUGCCCACGUUGUUUUCCCUGAGAAAUCGGAUAUUUUCCUUAAUUGCCAAGCAGACCUUCCAUACUUCAUAGCUCAAAGCGUUUGAGUGUUUGGCAGCGGAGUGUGUGGCCGCAAUUAGAAAAGGAAAAGUUUUGAAACCAGGCUUUUGUCGGAUUCACUUCCACUUGGACGAUUCCACGAUCCGUUCAUUUUUCCCACUCUCAUCUUCGAUUCUCCACGCGCGCUGCCUUUCGAAUUCUUCUUACUUGUCAUUUUUCAGCUUCAACUCAAAAGUGAGCUCAGAGAACGAAAUUUAGAUGCUGUAUUCUGAAUAUUAGAUUUUGGUAUGGUAUGCUUUGUCAUUUACUGAAAAUAUUAUCUUCGUUUCUUGCAUUUCUAUGCUAUUUCUGUUCUAUCUUCCCGGUCGUUUUCGGAGCAAAGUCCUGUUUUUUUAUGUUCAGCGACCAACGUUGAAAAAUGUGAGCUUUUUUUCAAUAAAAAAACAAAUAAUGGAUUAUUAGGAUAGUUUAUUCGUUUGAAAAAUUUUUGAAAACUCUUCUCAACUUAAAAAAGUUAAGUUUUGAACAUAGACUUGAGAAAAAAUUUUAAAUAUUUUUGAGGCAUAUGUCGAGCUUUUCAAUUUCUAUGAGCUUUUCAAUUUCUACCUUUAGAAGCGAUAACUGUUAAUGAAUAAAAACUGGCAAUUUUCAGCAUUACGGAACAUUUUUUGAAAACCCGAGAGAAGUCCAGGACACCUUCCGGGGACGAAUACGCAGAUGCAAUCUGUUAGUUUCGAUUUUUAACAAAGGAUAUCCUUUUACUCGCCUCAAUAAAAAAGAGGAUGAGCAAUUUAGAAAUUUUGAUCUAAAAAGUCCAUGGUUGUCAGCCAAUUUACAGACAGGCUCCCAGCUACUUUCAUUUAAAAAAAAAUUUCCAUAUAAUUAUAUUGUUCUAGAUCCGAUUUGGUUCUACAAUCAUGCGCCGACGCCUGUUUUUCUUUGAACGUUUCGAUCGUUCCUAUAAGUUCUCGAAGAAACGACGGUUUCGGUGAGUGUUGACUUUUUUCAUUUUUUUAAAUCUUGUUUUUGAGGAUUCGCCUUCGGAUGUUCAUCUGAGCUUCUGCCACAAGAUGCAACUCUAACAACCACAGGUUGUUUCAAAAGAAGCGUCAUUUUGAGGUGAGAAAAAGAUUAAAGCGGUUUUUUAAAAAAUCCCGGAGAAUUGCAGAACACUACCUCCUUUCACCGUGACGGCCGAAUACUGCACUUGCGACGAGGACAAGUGCAACCGACUGACGGCGGAGUCGGAGUCCUCGUCUGCCGUGGUCAGGACCUUGGCCCGCCAGCCUCUCGUCGCCAGUCACAUCUCUUUUCGAUCAAUUUCUUCCGUGUUUCUCCCAAUCUCAGUCAUUAAAUUGUUUUCAUAAAUUAAUUUUUCCCCAUUUUACGUGAAAAAGGAUUAAAAAAAAGAGAAAGAAACUGUCAAUAAUCUUAUAUCAGAAGCCUAUUUCACACAAACCAGUACUUCCAUUUCCAAGGUAUUGGAAAGUAAAACGAAAGAACCUAGAGAGAAACAUUUUUCAGAGUUAUAAGACAGCUAAAACUUUUGACUCCAAGCAGCGUGCGAAGUUCAAAACUUCUGGGUGUGCUACAAAAUAAAAAAUGCGGUUUAACACGUGGAAGUAAGAAAAAAUAAAAUUCAGCUGGUCGUGAGUGAGAAGACCAUUUCAGCAUCACAAAGCCUCUGAAAUGGCGACCGAAUUCGAAGAAAACCCGAUCUCAUUGAUCGAUUCCAUCAGUUUGGUUCCUCAAAACACAACGGGAGCAAUCUGGCUUCAGAUGGCGUACCAGCUGAGCACUACGAAGGACUGGCUCCACUGGCCAAGAAAUUCGCGAGCAAAGAAGUCGCCGGAAUCGCCCUCGGCGUCUCCCUUCUCUACAUGAUCAACGGCGACUAUGCCAGUGUAUUGUAGUUUUUUUUUCAAUUCGAAAAACUCUGAUUUUUCGCAGAUUCUAUGCACUGUUAUGACGUCACUUCCGGCUGCCGUGUUCACCUACCGUGCUCUGAUGUGCAAGCACACGACCAAAGAAGGAUAUGUGAGUUCGGCUGACCCAGAAUAGAUUUUAUAUGUUUACUCGCAUGCUGCUCACCCCCGCGGGUCCGUUCAGAUUUUUAAUGUCAAGUUCAAUGACGUCAUUCGAAAACGCUCUGUGGAUGGCUCAAUCUCUGAUUCGUUCAUCGCGCCAUUAGGGGGCGGAGCUUGAGCGACGUCUGACAUUCAAAAUCUGAACAGACUAUAGUGCCGAUCACCCGUUUAACCUCUAUACAUAAGUCAAUAUAAAAAAAAACUUAUUUUGAAAGAAACUAACAGAAAAAGUGCCAUCAAGUCGUUUUGGUAACAGAACUUUAUUGAACUCAAAUAUAGAGUCACUAAGAAUAACUGACGAGAUAAAAGCGAGGUCGGUGGCGGUACAUUGACGAGCUCGCAAACAUCUCGCUUUUUUCAAGGCGCGACCUCGCAUUUUUCUUGGCGCCAUCUCGCAUUUAUCUCGCACUUCGGAAAUUUUCAAAUUGCGAGAGAAAUGCGAGCUCGCGCCUAGAAAAAUGCGAGCUCGCGCCCAGAAAAAUGCGAGACCGGCGCGAGAAAAAAAGCGAGAUGUUUGCGAGCUCGUCAAUGUACCGCCAGUGUCUCGCGUUUAUCUCGGCAGUUAUUCUUAGUGGUAUAGUAGAAAGAGUGAAAAAAAAAAGUUGAGGUAAAUGAUUUAUUUGAUUGAAUUUAUAUAUGAUUGUGUCCGGUUUUUCUCAUCAAAUUUUUUUAUAUAUAUAUUUAGGAGGAUACCAUCCUAUGAAAAAAAUUCGUGAACUUUUUGCGCGUUUUGGUGUAGGAUCGCGUCGUUCUGCGAUUAAAAAGUUUGAAAUUUCAAUUUCAAUUCGAAUUUUCUGUUUUUUUUUUUCAAAUAAUGUUGAGGUCAGAUGUUUUUUUAUUCAUAUGUGUGAUUGAAGAUUUUCUUUAACUCCUUAUUUUUCUUAAUAUAGAAAAAACUGGAAACUCGGAUAGUCUGUUCUAUUGUGAGGUAUAAACUCGGGCAAAACUGGAAAGCUACCCAAAAGCUUUUCUCAAAAAAAAAAAGACCUUGAAAGGGUCCCCAGCAGAUCUUUUUUAUAUUCCAUAGGUAAAACUGAAAAGUUCCUUUGAGGAUCCUCAAAGGAUCCUGAGAGGGAGAUAAAAAGCUUCCUCUAAAAGCUCCUAAAAUGAUGUAAAAAAGCUUUUGAGCACCUUUUUCAUAGCCUCAGAGGAUCCUUUUUGAAUCCUCUCGGAUCUUUUCAGUUGCUUUCCAGCAUCCUUUUUGUCAGAGGAUGUGAAAAAGACGCAAAAAAGAAUUGAAAUGAUGUAAAAAAGAUCUGCUGGGGACCCUUUCAAGGUCUUUUUUUGAGAAAAGCUUUUGGGGAGCUUUUCAGUUUUGCCCGAGUUGUUUCACUUCUUUUUUGCAUCUUUUUCACAUCCUCUAACAAAAAGGAUGCUGGAAAGAAACUAAAAAGAUUCGAGAGGAUUCAAAAAGGAUCUUUUGAGGCUAUGAAAAAGGUGCUCAAAAGCUUUUUUACAUCAUUUUAGGAGCUUUUAGAGGAAGCUUUUUAUCUCCCUCAGGAUCCUUUAAGGAUCCUCAAAGGAACUUUUUCGUUUUACCUAUGAAGUUAAGUCCUGCGAAAGUGGGUUUAUAAAAUAUAGAAAUGCCUUGAAUUGAAGAGAAAAUUAAUUUUUUUCAGCACGAAAAAUAUAGUGGGCUCAAAUUUUUUUAAAGUAACUUUAAAAUUUCACUUUAACGCUGUGUUCAAAGUGAUUUUCGCGAAAUUCAAAAUUAUCUCAAAAAAAAAAUUAAAUUCUCCGAAAUCUAUUUAUCUUUUUUUUUUCUCCCUGACGGCUUUUUUGAGUUUCACAGAAUCGCUUUGAGCACGGCAUAAAAUUUCUGUUUUUUGUCUCUUUUAACAUUUUUUUUUUAGCACGCGAUUCUUUUCUACUGGACUGUAUACGGCAUCCUCGCCGGUCUCGACAACGUCCUGAGCAAUGCCUACGGGUUCAUUUUUAACAUUUGUUUUUAGGCAAUUACAUAUGUUCAGAUACUACUUGGGGAAAUUUGUACUCCUCGCCGUCGUUUUUAUGCACGCCGCUCGUCAGAAUCCUCUUUCGAUGUCUCUCUUUAACAAUGCAGUUUCGCCCAUUCUCGAGUCCACGCAGGCGGGAGAAUCCGCAUUGUUUUAGAUAAUGGUUUUGUUUAAGCAAAUAUCAUCGAUUGUCUCGAGAUACGACACAGAAGGCUUUGCUCUUUCCGAGAACACAUCUCCUUCUGUGCUGCGUUCCCCGUCGCCGACCGUCUUCAGCGACAAUUCUACCUACAUAAUUGACCACCUCGAAGCGUCGUUUGACGCCUCGACCGCUGUCACCUUCGCUCCAUCUUCACUGGAAAUGGACUCGACGCAGUCGGUGACGUCAACCAAGGUCCCACAGGACUUUGACACCGCCUCGAUCUACAGUCGUCCACUGACGGUAGUUGGUUCGGUGACUCGAGUCUUAUUUUCGGUUUAGCCUGCUCGUCCAGUUUUCGAAAGACUGUCGUCGACCGUUCAGACUGUACAUCCAGGCAUGGGAGACAUUGUAACUGAGCCCCACAACAAGGCGAGCAAUCGUUCAAUCUUUUUCAAAAAUAUGAAAAAAGCAGAUGGAGUUCGGUAUCGACAGUAUGGAAAGGACGCUCAGAGUGACGAACAUCACCACUCAACACAUAAUGUUCGCCUUGAAGGUGUAAUCCCCUUUGUUCACGUCACCAGGUGAGUUCAGACCAACGCCGAAGAGCAUCUGGUCGCGUCGCCGACAUCCGGAGUCAUCAGAAGCGGCGAGGCAGUCGAGAUCCGAGUUGGCGUGAAGGGAGGAUUCCUCUACCACAUGAAUCGCGGUGACGGCGUCAUCGACAAGGCAAGAAUAUGAGUUUUUUUCGAAGAAAAUGUUGGUUUGAAGCUGGCGAUCGACUACGCGCUGGCCGGUCACAACACGGAGUUCGCCCACGAAGUCUUCGAGGCUUCCAACCGCAAACGCCACGCCAUUCGUGUUUUCUACCAUUGA